CGGGGCCGCGCUGACCGACUUCCGGUGGCCGCGGCGGAAGGGCGCAGAGGCCGGCGGGCGAGGGGCGCGAUGCCGUACGCCAACCAGCCCACCGUGCGGAUCACGGAGCUCACCGACGAGAACGUCAAGUUCAUCAUUGAGAAUACGGACCUGGCGGUGGCCAAUUCUAUUCGGAGGGUCUUCAUUGCUGAGGUUCCCAUAAUAGCCAUUGACUGGGUUCAAAUUGAUGCCAAUUCCUCAGUCCUCCACGAUGAGUUCAUCGCUCACAGACUUGGCUUAAUUCCCCUCAUCAGUGAUGACAUUGUGGACAAGCUGCAGUACUCCCGGGACUGCACGUGUGAAGAGUUCUGCCCCGAGUGCUCGGUGGAGUUCACCCUUGACGUGCGGUGCAAUGAAGACCAGACUCGUCACGUCACGUCUCGAGACCUCGUCUCCAACAACCUUCGGGUCAUUCCAGUGACAUCCCGGAACCGAGAUAAUGACCCCAAUGACUAUGUGGAACAGGACGACAUUCUCAUCGUCAAGUUGAGAAAGGGCCAGGAGCUCAGACUUCGAGCCUAUGCCAAAAAAGGUUUUGGCAAAGAACAUGCCAAGUGGAACCCUACUGCAGGGGUGGCUUUUGAAUACGAUCCAGACAAUGCCCUGAGGCACACAGUGUACCCCAAGCCUGAGGAAUGGCCAAAGAGUGAGUACUCGGAGCUGGAUGAGGACGAGUCACAGGCUCCCUAUGACCCCAACGGCAAGCCAGAGAGGUUUUACUACAAUGUGGAGUCCUGUGGCUCUCUGCGCCCCGAAACCAUUGUCCUCUCAGCCCUCUCCGGACUGAAGAAGAAGCUGAGUGAUCUACAGACUCAGUUAAGCCACGAGAUCCAGAGUGAUGUACUCACCAUAAACUAGCUGCCGCCCGCCUGUGUCCGCACAAAGGGGAUUCAAGCCAGCAGUGGGGUCUGGGGUGUCUCUUGAGACUUCUAGUUCCUGAGAUCUGUUCUGCUGUUGCUUAAGCUUCUUGGCAAGUCACCAGUACCAACUAGAAGGGGUCACAGAUAGAUUACUAGGGAUGCCACUGCUACUCAGGCAGGACAGCCUUUCACUGGCCGUGCCUACUGAUGGCCAGCGGUGCUCCCCAGAACCCAAGACAUCCCUUCCGGCCUGUUGCCUAACGCGCCCACAGGGGCUGUGCUGCCUCCUACUCAGAAAGCUGAGCUGGACCUCUCCUCUCCUGGUCAUUCCAGCUCUUUCCUUUAAACUCUUUCUGCCCAAGAGGAGGAGUUUUCACAGUUGUACUUUACGUUUCUAGUGUUAGGACUGAGUGCGAGAAUCUUCACCAAGGAAGCCUAUAAACCCGUUCAGUCUUUCCCCAGGGCCAGCCUAUCGGUACUUCAGAUUCCCAGGCUUCCCUCACUUGAGAUGUAACCUUUUGAGAAUAGCCUUAGACCCUGGCUGCGCGCUCCCCCCACAGAUCAGCAUGAUAUUUCAUUCUCUACCUGGCAGUUACGAAAUCAAUCUUCAUGGCCUGAUCAUUUAGUUUGGGGGGGGAACAGGCCCCUCCCAGAUACAGAAUUCAUCUCUCCAUGUGAAGGUUUGGCCUUACCCCUUAGCACUGUCUCCAGCCGGGAACAGACCCAAGCAGUUAAUUAGGCAGCUUGGAGAAAACCAGAGAUGCAGUACAGAAAGGAAGGGAUAUUUAUUGAUUAACAGUAGUUGUCUUUUUAAAAGUGUUUAUUUUUGGCAAUAAAGAGCACAACAUAAUCUC